UGUGCAGGUUCAGUAUUUCAGUGGGAGAAGAUAGAGCCCACAGUGCAAUAUGGAUGUAUCAUUACAACCACAUCAUCUGUUCUUUGAUGAACUGGUGAAGGAAGUUCCAGAUUCAGAAUUUGGAUUUGUCCAUAGGAAGUCAUGCUUCCAAACAUUUGACCUAGAUGGGGACAAUCUGUUGAGUGCUGCAGAAUUCUUAGAACUCUGCCGUGCUUUAUUUCGAACUGCAAAUUCUGAGUUCUAUGGCCUUGAUGCUCUUCAGCUUGUUGAAAUUUUCACCCUCUUCGAUACCAACAAGGAUGGCUACAUUGAUUCACAAGAAUUUGUUUCAUGUUGGGAGAAAUGGAUUCGUGUAAUUUGCUACCCACGGUGUGUACUUCUGGUUGUGGAUGUGCAGAAUGAUUUCAUAUCUGGAACAUUGGCCCUUCACCGUUGUCCUGCUGGUCAUAGAGGGGAAGAGGUUGUACCAGCAAUCAACAAAUUGGUAGAGACAAUUCCAUUUCACCUGGUGGUAUAUUCCCUUGACUGGCAUCCACAGAACCAUGUGUCCUUCAUUGAUAAUGUCCAACUUCGUGACAUUCAUCCCACUUCCAAGGUGUGUGGAGAAGCUGCCAAGGAGUAUGAUACUGUGGUGUUUUCUGGGCCACCACCAAUGGAGCAGAAACUCUGGCCCCGGCAUUGCGUUCAAGGCUCCUUGGGAUCACAGCUUCACCCUGAUCUCAAGGUGAAAGAUGAUGCAGUGUUUGUGCAUAAGGGUGUGAAUCCAGAGAUAGACUCAUACUCAGCAUUUUGGGACAAUAACAAGCUAUCUCAAACUGAGCUCCAUGAGGAACUGACGAAAUGGGAUAUCACUGAUGUCUUCUGCUGCGGCAUUGCAUAUGAUGUCUGUGUUGUUGAAGGAAGGGAGAGGGGACAGUCACAGAGUCCCAUUGAGCAGUAG